UGACUGUGGUUAUAUUAUACUUAGGUGCUGUUGAGGAUGAUGAGCUAGCAAAAGCAAUCAUGGAAAGGCGCUUCGUGCCAUCCCUGAUCACCACGGAAGCUUGGGAAGGCUACACUUUUGCUGGCCUGGAUAUCCGCAUCAAAGAGUCUACAGACUACUACGGAGCUGUGCUCUGGCCAUCAGCCAUAGUGUUGUGUCAUUUUCUGGACUCUCACCGUGAAACGUACAACCUGAUGGACAAGAAUGUCAUUGAGAUAGGUGCUGGAACAGGCCUCGUCACCAUAGUAACCAGUCUCUUAGGAGCAAGGGUGACAUCGACAGACCUGCCAGACAUUUUGGGGAACCUUCGGUACAAUGUUAACCGUAAUACUAGAGGACGCUGUCAACACCCACCACAUGUGACUGAGUUGACCUGGGGCAAUAACGUGGAAGAAACCUUCCCCCGUGCCUCUGAUUGUUUUGACUACAUCAUGGCAGCUGAUGUGGUCUACGCACACCCAUAUCUGACUGAACUCAUGGAGACGUUUGACCACCUGUGUCAGGACAACACGGUGAUCUUGUGGGCUAUGCGCUACCGCCUGGACCGUGAGAAUACAUUUGUAGAACGUUUUCAGAAACUCUUCCACUUAGAGGAGCUCUAUGACCUGCCCAGCCUGAUGAUCAAGCUCUUCCGGGCCACCAGGAGAUUCCCUUGUUCUCAACAACACAGAUGCCCAGCCUGACAGACACAAGGGUUACCAUGGCUACAGUAGCCUACUAUGUGUAUGCCCUUUAGUGUAUGUCCAAUUUGUCCCAGUGCAUAUGUGUUUGUGUCACUGAAACUUCAAAUCAGUGCAUUUCCAGCUUUGUCUACAUAUUUUCUGUGACCUUUUUCUAAUGUUUACAUAGGCAACUACAAUUAUAUAAACAUAGGUUUGGUGUAUGUCUGCAUUGACAACAUCUAUUCAUCUCUUUAGAUGUAGGGCUUUAGAACAGUCAAAUCAGUAGGAGUUCAAAUCAAAAGAUCCAGGAUUUUAUAAUAUUAAAUGAAAUAAGCUUAAUUCACAUUGAAGUACUUUGAAGUGGGCUUACAGGCCAAAGACACACAUAGUAUAAGGUGUUUUUAAAGCUCAUCCUUGACGUUAAUGGGAUGACAACAACAUACACAAUACCAUUUGGGUGGGUAUUAAACACAUGA